AAGCCACCGGCUCAGGCUCUGCUUCCUCGUGGGCUGGACCAGAGCUGAGGGGAGGAAAACUGCAGCACACCAUCACCAAACUCAUUUGGAGAAGGGCGAAGGCGCGCUGUGAGCACCAACCAAACCCAGACAGCUCCCAUGGCAGCCAAAGGCACCGUGCUGACGCUCUGGCCCGCAGUCCUCGCCCUGCCCCUGCUGCGCGCCUCGCCGGCACCCUCCGUGGCUGCUUCGUGUCCCUCCAACUGCUCCUGCGCCAUCUCACAGCAGCUGGUUAGCUGUGCCAACGCCAGCCUGGCGUGGCUGCCCGCCGGCCUCCCCCGCGCUGCCGUGGAGCUCGACUUGCAGCACAACCUCUUCCCCACCCUGGAGGCCGGCUUCUUCCCAGACCUGCCAGCCCUCACCACCCUAUUCCUGGGGAGCAGCGGGGUGGAGCGGCUGGAGGCCGGCGCUUUUGGGGGGCUCGGGAGCCUCUACCACCUCCACCUGGACCACAACCUCCUGCGGGCUGUCCCCGCAGGCGCCUUUGCCAACCUGAGCAGCCUGGUCUUCUUGCACCUGGAACACAACCGCAUCACCCACCUCCCGCCAGGUGUCUUCUCCUCCCUGAAGCACCUCCUCGUGCUGGACCUGAGCCACAACGAGCUGCAGGAGCUCUCGGACCAGGCGCUUGGUGGCCUGCCGCAGCUCCGGCGCCUGCAGCUCAGCGCAAACCGCCUGGCCAACCUCUCGGGGCAGGUGCUGCCGCGCGGGCUGCGCGCCCUGUGGCUCGACAGCAACCGGCUGGCCAGCGUGCCCCGGGCCCUGCGCGGUGCCCCACUGCUGGCCACCCUGCACCUCAGUGGCAACCCCAUCCGCCAGCUGACGGCACUGUCGUUCGGGAGAGGGCCGCGGGCCCUCGGCGAGCUCUUCCUCGACGGCCUGGCCCUGGAGAAGGUGACGGCAACGGCGUUCAGUCGGCUGCGCCGGCUGGAGGUGCUGAGCCUCCGGGACAACGGCCUGGAGACGCUGCCCUCGCUGGCGUCGCUGCGGGCCCUGUCGGGGCUCUACCUGACGGGCAACAAGUGGCGCUGUGACUGCGACCUGCUCUGGCUCUGGACGUGGCAGAGGAAGCGGCCGCAGGCCGAGCGGGGCCCCAUCGCCUGCAGCUCCCCCCGGGUGCUGCAAGGGCGGCUGCUGGCCGACGUGGAGCUGCAGAAGCUGACUUGCCCGCCUUUUGGCACAAGCUCCACCGUCACCAGCCCCAUGGAGGGCGGCAGACCCAUGGCCACACUGAUGGCAAGAGACGAGCCUCUUCCCAGCACAGUGACCGCCACUGCUGCCACCAUCACAGCCCUGGCCACCGUGAAGACCACCAUGCUCUCCACUGCCCGGCCCCCCACCACCUUGCAGGGCCACACGCCCGAAAGCCCUGACCCCUGCCUGGCCAACAGCGUCAGUGGCCUUCGCCUCAGCGCUGGGAGCGACACCUCCCUGGCCGUGGCCUGGGCUUUUUUGGGGGAGCAUGAGGAGUUCGAGGUGCGGUACCAGGCCCCUGGGGCACCCGAGCAAGCACUGCGGGUGAUGGGGGGCCCGCCGGAGCUGCAGCUCCACGGCCUCCGCCCGGGCACUGAGUACCGCGUCUGCGUCAUCCCCUGGAGUGGAGGGCUGGGGGCAUGCUUGAGCCUGGCGCCCCAGCAGUGUGCCGUGGGGCACACUGCUGGCACUGCCCGGCCCCUGGGUGCCUGGCCAGCACCCAGCCCCUGGGCUGCGGGCAUCGGCACUACCGCCGCCCUCCUCAUCCUGGUGGGCCUGGCCAUGGGGGCCAUGCUGCGGCUGCGGAGGCGGCCAGUCCCUUUCCAGCGGUACUACAAUGAUGAUGAGCCACCCCUGGGCCACAGGGGCGCUGAUCGAGCGGCCGCCUGCGGGGAGGAUGACGACUGCCAUGGCUACGUGCUGGCUGCUAGCCAGCAGCCCAAGAAGCCAGCAGAUUGCGCUCACUCCCCACCACUGAGGAGCCCUGCGACACCCACGUACGUGCCCCUAUGAGUCUCAUCCUCUUGCUGAGGUUUUUCUCACCGUCUAGAGAUUCAGAUCUCUCCUCGUGACACACGUGAAAAUUGAAGCUGCCAGACUGGUGGACGAAGGCUCAGUCAGUGCACAGCCUCAUGACUGCUGGUCAGAAAUGAGGAAUUUUCCCAGCCUCCCUGCAGGCAUUUUUGUUUGUUUCUUUACCCAGAAAUGUACUUACCUGCUUUUGGCAGAUGUGGGAAGGGAGAAGUUUUUUGCUCUCUCUGGUCAAGCACAGGACAUGGGGUGAGCACACUUCAACCUGAAUGGUUUUAAUCCACCAAAGGCCACCUCUGCCAGGCCAAUGCACCUGAGGAACUGCAACAGCUAGAGCAAGGCCAGGUGGCAUCUGUCAGAAGGAAAACACUGACACAGAGGAUGCGUUUCCAUCCUCCUCAUCUCACUCCUCCUCUCCUUGCAAUGAAGCCCUCAUUGCCCCCCCAAGGAGAAGGCCCUUACCUCAGGCCACCACUGCAGUGCAAGUGGCAGCCUGCCACUUCAGCCUUGCUAGGCAGAGAGACGCCGGUGUCAGCAGGGGGACAUCAGUCCUAGUAGCUGGCUCUGAAGAAGCAGUGAGGCUCAGUGUGAGCUCUGGGAUCCCUUGGGAGAGAUUAGCCAGAUGCCUUCAAGGCAGCACAAGGACUAGCGCUGGCCUGAGGCGCCCAAGCCAGUCAUCUGAGGGCUGACGCCUUUGCAGCCAGCUCAGCUGGCUGCUCCUGAAGCAGCACCAAGACACAGUCCAGCUCCAGAGCUGCUCAGGUGUACCCAAAGGGGCAAAGGGGACUGGUGCCUGCAGGCACCACCCUGCAACAAUUGCCCAGAAAUACAAACCACGGGAGCCUUGCUGCCGAGGAAUUCUGCCGGGCAGUGGGGGACUGCUAGGACCCUGUGGCACAUUCCUGUUCCUAAGCAGUUUUUCAGCUUUUGCAAGAGGCUAUGCAAUUACCUUCCAAAACCCAUAAAAGCCACCCAGUAUUUUUGAAGUGCCCAAUGCAGCUAAUUUCAGAUGCCUUCUGUUCUACACAACUCCCUUUUACAGGAGGAAACAGCAGGGAUGACUCCCCCAUAAUAAAUAAGCAUACCUUUGCUUUCCAUUAAAGAAACCAUUUUACCUUUGCCUGCAAGAAGACCUGUCCUCUAGUUCUAUUCUCUCAUCACUUGCUCUUGGUGAAGUGAUUCAUUGCUCAUAGAUCCCCAAGAGAGUGCUACACACUAACAGAGUAUCUCUUUACUACCACUGCUUUG